AUGUCUCAACCCAACGGCGUCCAUGUCAGCAAGUCUGGUACUUCACUGGCAGCUCCGCAACAGUUAUUUAUCUCAGGAAAAUACCAGAACAGCCAGAACAAAGGGACCUUCCCCGUGAAGAACCCCAUGACAGGCGAGACCAUAUACGAGUGCGUCUCAGCCUCUCUGGAUGACUUCGCCCGCGCCAUCGAGGAAGCACAUGCAGCCCAACCUUCGUGGGCCCGCCUCGGCCCCUCGUCCCGGCGGUUGAUCCUUCUCAAGGCCGCCGACAUCAUGGAGACGUACAUCGACAAGGACGCGCCGGCCAUCCUUUCAGCCGAGGUCUCGGCCACCAGGGGAUGGGUCAGGGCCAACAUACUGUCCACAGCCGGCGUCUUCCGCGAGACCGCCGCCCUGGCGACGCACAUCAAAGGAGAGAUCGUCCCCGCGGACCGGCCCGGCACCACGAUUCUGGUGAGCCGUGAGCCCGUCGGCGUGGUCCUGGCCAUCAGCCCCUGGAACAUGCCUGUCACGCUGACGGCCAGGGCGGUCUGCUGCCCGCUGAUCUGCGGGAACAGCGUGGUGCUGAGGCCGUCUGAGUUCAGCCCCAAGUCGCAGCACCUCGUCGUGCGUGCUCUGACCGAGGCUGGACUGCCGGCGGGGUGCCUGCAGUUCCUGCCCACCAGCGCCGCCGACACGCCGCGGGCGAUCGAGUUUGCAAUCCGGAACCCGAAGGUGAGCCGCGCAAACUUCACGGGCAGCGACCGCGUUGGCCGCAUCAUCGCCGGGCUGUCGGCAUCAUGUCUGAAGCCGUGUGUGCUGGAGCUGGGCGGCAAGGCACCCGUCGUGGUCCUAGAGGAUGCCGAUGUGGAGGCCGCCGUGGAGGCAGUGGUAUAUGGCGCGAUGUCCAACAGCGGGCAGAUAUGUAUGUCCACGGAGCGUGCGAUCGUGCAUCGCUCCCUGGCAGCGGACUUCAAGGCCCUGUUGGUGAAACGGGCGGAGAGCCUGCGGGUAGGGAACCACCUGGAGGAUCCGGACGUGCAGCUUUCGGGCCUUUUCACUGCCGCCUCUGCCGAGCGCGUGCUCGGCCUGAUCCAGGGUGCUGUCGACGCGGGUGCCACGCUCCUGGCGGGCGACCUGGCUCUUCACGGACCGUGCCGAACGAUCCUGGCCCCUCACAUCCUCACAGGCGUCACGCGGGAUAUGGACCUCUUCCACCGGGAGACGUUCGGCCCCGUGCUCUUCGUGUCCGAGUUCGACACAGACUACGAGGCCGUCGCGCAGGCCAACGACAGCGAGUUCUCGCUGUGUGCCAGCGUCUUCUCGCGUGACGUCCUGCGCGCCAUGGACGCGGCCAAGCGGAUCCGGACGGGGAGCUGCCACGUCAACGGGCCAACCGUGUACAUCGAGGCGCCGCUGCCCAACGGGGGCGUCGGCGGCGCGAGCGGCUAUGGUCGGUUCGGCGGUGUGGCGGGCAUCGAGGAGUUUACGGAGAGGCAGAUCGUGAGCUUAGUGAGGCCGGGGAUGAAAUAUGCGUUCUAG